UGAUCUCCAUGAGCAUGCUUCAGUUUAUGACAGCGUGAUAUUUGCGGGGAAAGUUAUGCAUUGAAGGAUCACCUAACCAAGCAUUUGACCGAGCAUAAAAAAAAACGUUCUCCCGUCCUAGUGACAGCAAAUGUGAUGUGUGUGGCAAUGACUGCAAAUCGGAACUUAACUUGAAAUUGCACAAACACAUUCAUGCAUUCAUACGACCGGGACGUAGAAAGGCCGGCCGUUCAAUUCAUUCAACUUUCUUAUUGAUUCUCAGUCAUCCAUGUCCGAGAAAAAAAAGAAAAAAUAUGGAUUAGUGUUUUUUAAUAACAUCUUUGUGAGGCCGGUCAUGAUGGUUUGACGGAUAAGAACUGAGGACAUGCGUUUUUAUUUAAAUUAUAUUGACACUUGGGUCCCAUAAGUAUUACUACAGCAUGUUCACAUUUCGUUAUCUUCGGUUGAUCCUUGACAGUGUUACCAUCCGCUCAGGCACUUUUGGGCAUCUGGUCUGACUGGACACUGACUCACAAUCGAAAUGCAUCACUACCAAUUUGAUACAACGCACCCAUAGGCACGGUAAAAUGUAUUUUAUCAUACACACAAGCACACACACACAUACACACAUGCAUACAUACCUACAUGUAUUACACACGCAAGUAUUACAACAUUGAGUUACUAUUUCUACUCUAAUAGAUCCUAACUAAAACCAGUGUGCCGAUAGUCAUCUCAUUAGUAGAGUCACUGUGUUAUUUUAGCAAUCACUCGACUUUCAAUAAAUGAAUGGUGAUAAAAUCGAAAACAAAGUCUUUGUCUCGUCUUUAAGAAACAAUAACGCAUAGCAGUAGUUCGGAAGUGGUUCAAUACUGCUGUUUUAGCGAAGCAAAAUGCUCCAAAUUUCAUGUUACUUCUGAAAUUAAUCUAUCAAACAGAGAUAACAGAUCUCACUCUAACUAAUGGUUCUCGUAUAUGAAAUGACUAAUGGAUUUGAGAUGAAUGGGGGUACCGUUACCCAAUUUCUAUCUCUUCUAAUGGUUGAUCGUUAGUACUGAGCUGAAACGGUGGCCUUUAUUACCUUUCCUGCAUGCGCUUACUCUUACAUUUCACUCACACAUCAUCUCACCCAUCAGGUCCCAAACGAUACAUCCUCACAAUACAAACUGGAUGAACAUCGUUUGACAGCUAUCAGUGGUUUGCUCAUUGGUUAAGUCAUUAUUAUUUCGUUCUAUUCUACAAUAUUCUAUCUCAUUCCACAGUAAUCCAUUGUACACAAACCACCAAUAAACGUCAAAUAUGAACUCGAUUCACCGUUCACCGGUUGUCAUCGUGUGAAACCCAAUUGGGAUACGUUCACUCCACUUAACUUCCACUUCACACUGGUAAUAAGGGCCGGUAGUAUGAAAAUAAAACAUAAAAAAGAGCUCAGUUAAGCCCUACCGGCCUCUCCAACCCCGGAUGUUGGAGCGUAAUCCCAAGCAACCAGAAGUUCCACAAUUACUUAAAAAGUCCACUUUUUUGCUGCUUAAAAGUACGCGCGGAACUUUUGAGAACUUGAAAGUACAGAUCAAGUUCCGCGUGAACUUUCUAGCUGCUUAAGAAAACACGUGGCAAUUUUUGACAGUUCGAAGUACAGAACAAGUUCCGUGUGAACUUUCUCGCUGUUUAAGAGUGCACGUGGUACUUUAGCAACUUGAAAGUACAAAACAAGUUCCGCGUGAACUUUUUUGCUGCAUAGAAGCUGAACAAUGUAUUCUAGAAGCAGCUUAGAAGUUCGUUCCGCUGCGUCGCGCGAACUUUCAAGUGUGGAUAAUUACUUGAAAAAUGGGCUGCUUAGAAUGCUGUUGAUUAACUUUGAGAGCUGCUUAAGCCAAAUCAGUCCCUUUUAUCCGAACUUUUGGUUAGUUGGGAUGCAAUCAACAUCUUAUUCAUUUAAUUCAAUUAUGAAACUAAAAGUUGUAACGCGUAUCUUUAUCAAAUUGUAACGCUAAUUGAUUGUAUGUGAUGAUGUUUGCAAUACCGUCAAGCCCACCAACCAAUGGGAGGGACAAAGUUGUACUUCCACAUUUUUUUCAAAUCUAUUUUCCUUGAGUAAAGCUAAACUGAUGAAAAAUUUUCUGACUGAGUUGGAUGAAUUUCGCAGGUUUUUUUUCAAUAAAAAAAAUAGAGAUCAUGUAGACUUUGAGCUUUGGUAGAAAGAGAAACGAAUGAAGGACGGGAUGAUGCACAUUCGGUGUGACUGCGAAGGGUGCGUGUUAGAAUGUGAAGUUUACCGCAGUAGAGUACUUAUCAGUAUGUGCACACAUUCGAUUUCAAUUGAAUUGAAUGAAGAUUUACAGUACUGGUUGGAGUAAAAGAAGUCUCAUUGCCCUUAGACAUAGAUGUCUUUUUGUCCAUUGUAUUACACGGCUUACCAUAGUGAACGAUUUGCUUACAGUAUUGACACGUAGUCUGCUGGCUUUCAUACAUGACCAACGAUAUACCUUCACACUUAAAACCGAUUCUCGAGCUCGGCAUAAUGAAAUGCCGAAUUAUAUCGGUAACACUUAAUUUUACUGAUUAUUCAGUAAUUAACAUGCUCUUUUCCGAAAAUCGUUAAAGUUCUGUGCUGAUAUCUCGGUGAAGCGAGUUCUUUUGCUGAAGUUUGGCAAAAUAUUAUACUGAACGUGUCAGUAAACAACAAAUAUACCGAGAUCAGCAAAACCGUUUGCCGAGAUUACGAACAGCGACUUAGCUUUUACUCAAACUCAGUGAGACACUUGUCAUCUAAUGUUUCCUUUCGAUUUUCCAAGCAUCACGUCGCCAUUGCUGGAACUGGAACUGGAAAACAUCUAAAUUGGACGAAGAAAAAAGAUUUGUAUAUUUUGUUAAAAAUAAGUAAAAUCGAAAACUAUCUAAUUUGCAUAUAUAUUUAUAUCCGCUUAUUUACAGGUAAAGGCGUGAGGAGCACUAGAAACAAUUGUCUUUAGCCGUGAUGUUUUCUUUUGGUGUUUGCGCUCUUUUGGUUUGCUGAAUUGAAAUGAACAUCAAUAAAAUAUUCCUUUCACCAACAUUAUUAAUUUCAUUCAAAAAUAAAAAAAUAUCUUUUCUAUUUUCGAUUACUGAUGACUCGGCAAUUCAUGAUUCCAUCCUGAUAACUUUUGCCGAGCUGACAGCAAAAUUUCUGCUGACAAGUUCGGCAAUAAUUGACAGUUGACAAAUUUUGGAUUGCCGAGAUUCUCAGUAAUUAUACAUUUUGCCGAGACGAUUACCGAGCACUCGGCUGUGCAAAUCUCGGCAUUUUUUACCGAGAUUCAGCAAGAAAUUUUAAGUGUGUUCUGUCGAAUUCGAAGACUACAAAAGAUCUAAAUACAAAAGAUGAUUUUUUUUCGUGAAGCGCAUGAGUAAGACACGUACACUAUCCAGAACACCCGGGAAAAAGUUCUUCCAUUGUUCCCUCUCGAUGGAAAGAAUUUCUCCUCAUUGUGACAAAAAAAAAAGAAUUGCGCCGAAUUGCUCCGAUUCGUAGAUCUUGAGGAGAGGUGAAUGACUGUAGCCAAUUCCAGAAGUUCCGGAAGCAGCAGUCUAAACAGAAGUGAAAUCGAUUGAUUUCUGACAGACAUGAAAUAAUAAUUAAGGUUUUCAGUAAACAUUGAACUAUUUCCUUGGAGUGAAAAGUGAAAAUUUAGUCUUCCAGCUUAAAAGUUGUAUAUAGGUAAACGUAAGGGUUCAUGUCGUUUUAAAUCCUGUGAUUUGCAGAUGGUGGUCAUAUUCUCCAGUAUUUGUUUUUUUUUACGAGACAAAGGAUAACAGAGGUGUUUUGGCCCCCUUCAGGAUGGAUUUUAUUUUGGCCCACUUUGUAAAAAUAUCCAAUAAAUGUUGUGAUAUCUUUGAAAAAUCCUUCCGCAAUAGGUAAUUAAAUGUGAUUAGCUUCAAAUUGAUGCAACAUGAAUUACUUAACAUCGAUUAAAUCCAUAAAGUUUGUUAGGUGAGCCAAAAUACCUCCGUUACCCUACACACUAAGAUUUAAUUCCGUUGUUCGGUAAUAUUUUUGACGAGAACUUUCGGUAAUCUGACCAAUAUUUCGGUACAAGAGUUUUAUUUUACAAUAAUUAUGCCAAUUUUCACCGGACGAUCAGUUUUACGUAAAUUUUGAUUACUGAAUUCUAAAUAUAUACAAUUCAUACGGUAAAUCUGAAUAGUCGCCGAGUACGGUAAAAACCAUACUCUCCGUAUGGUAAAAUUAUCUUCCAAUGACCGAAAUUCGGUGAAAACUUAUUGUCGUGAAACUAACUACUGUCAAACAGUUAUUAAAAUUUUCAGAAAGUGUCUUUUUAUUACCCAAACGAAAAAAAAAUUUGAAGGGUUCAUCGAAUGGAUUGAGGUACAGGUGCUAAAGUUUUUAAAAUAUUAGAGCCACUAAAAGCUUUUUGUUUACUUAUAGGCAGAAAAUAAUUUUGUAAGAGCAGCCCGAGAGCUGACCCAGAGUCGCCAGAACAACUUUUGAUGAGUUUGUUUUAGCAACCUGGGGUCGCUCUAGAUCGGACUCCAAUCGCGUAGUUUCGCACUGAAAAUUUUCUCGCGUCGCACCACGCAUCCAUGCGAGUUUGAUUAUUUUUUCCUUUUUUUAUAUGAGUAGUUGUUUAGGGCGCGUACCACGUGUUCAUUUUACUCGGAGUCAGAGUCGCCCGCGUGUAGGUUCUGAAACGAAAACGGUAUUAAUUUUGAUUUACUAUAUCGAAAAAUCAAAUAAAAUGUCAGCUUUAUCGUAGAAAUAAUGCGUAAUAUGUAAGUGAACAUUGUAAACAAUUUAUAUGUAGUCUACAAUUGCUUGACGAAAUAAAUGAACAGUUUCUAAAUAUCAGUCCAUUGAAACCUAUAUGUGAAAAGUAGGGCGGAAAAUAUUCACAUAAUUUUUCACGUAACAAUAAUGUGAUUAUUUUUUUGAGUGUAGAUUUCAUUCAUCAUCUUGGGUUGAAUCGAUGCAGUUCCGCUAUCUUGUCGUAUCGCAAUCUUUGCUAACUGUCAGUGAAAAUUGGAUUUUUUUGAGCGAAGGAAACAAUAAUUAUUGCUUAUCGUUAUCUGUUCUUCGGAAAUUCGACGUUGGAUUUUAGAUGAAAACUAUCGGACAAUACAGCCCAAGUAGCGGUGUCAUCAAUCUGCAACAUCUCAAGUGAGGAAGAAUCAUAGAAGGAAGGAGAAAACAUCUUCGUACCUGGAAUAACAUUACGGCAAGAGCGUGUGGUUUUUUCUCAGAUAAAUGAGUCCCAACCAGGUACGGGAUGUCAUCAAAGGACUAUAGAAGAAAAACAGCCAAGUAGCUCAGUAGCAUCUUCCAUCAUAACAAACGAUUUUCCAGAUCAAAAUAAACACCUGAUUCGUAAAGAACUAAAGUUAGUAAUAGUUGCAGGAUAAGUUAUAAUUUGAACGGGAACCUAACUAAAUAUGUUCGUCGAUACCGGAGUAAAGCCGUUCGAAAGUGAUGUGUGUGACAAUGGAAUUCGCAACACUGAAAAGGAACGCCAGCUCAAUGUUCAUACCGUCAAACGAUUGUACAAAUGCACUGAAUGCGGAAAAGAUUUCCACACUCAAAUAAAUCUUAAUCGGCAUAUGUACAUUCACACUGGCAAGAGGCCGUUCAAAUGCACUGUAUGCGGAAAAUGCUUUGUUUCAAACGGUGUCCGUAGCACGCACAUGUCUACACACACGGGUGAUUAUAAGUAUGUUUGUGAUGUAUGUGGCAAAGGAUUUGUGCACAGACGGCGUUUGGAGGACCACAAAUACAUUCAUGCCGGAGAGCGGCCUUACAAAUGCGCGGUAUGUGAAAAAGAUUUUAAAACCAAACCGAUUUUGGACAUACAUAUGCUGAAUCACACAGUGGAUCGUCCACACAAAUGCACUGUAUGUGGUAAAAGUUUUGCCAUUAAACAUCGCCUAAUUAGACACCAAUCCACACAUACGGGCGAUUAUAAGUAUACUUGUGAAGUGUGUGGCAAAGGAUUCGUGAACAGUUCACGCUUGGCAGAUCACAAGUUCAACCAUACGAAAGAGCGGUCUUAUCAAUGCACUAUAUGCGAAAAAGAUUUUACUACUAACAAUUACCUAACCCAACACAUGUUGCUUCACACUGGUGCUCGACAUCAAUGUGAAGUGUGUGGCAAAGAAUACUCUAGCCACAUUUAUUUGAAAUUGCACAAGUGCAUUCUUACAUAUGAUCAGUCGAUUGAUCCGUUACCAAUGGAAACAACAGAUCAGGAUAGCGACAUUCUAACCAAACAGGAGAAUAUAACAAUUGAACCAACGAAACUCGAUAACAAUGACAACGUAAAUAAACAAGCUUAUACCAAUGGUUACUGCGAUGAUCUAAAUGAUAAAGUAUCCUGUCAGCUACAAGAUGUUAUGCCAGAGAUGGAACACAAGUGUCAGAUUUGUGAUAAAUACUUUGCUAACAAAGAUGAUCUUCAUGAGCAUGCCUCAGUUCAUGAAAGCGAACGACCAUUUAGUUGUGAUAUUUGCGGACAAAGUUAUGAAUCGAAGGAUCAGCUAACCAAGCAUAUGACCGAGCAUAUUGAGUGUCCUAAUGAUAAAUAUAAAUGUGAUGUGUGUGGCAAAGAGUUUCGUGACAACCAAACAUUAAAGUUCCACAACAGUAUUCACACCGGAGAGCGACCGUACGAAUGCACAGUAUGCGAAAAAAGCUUUGGUUCCAAAAGUAUCCUAAGGACACACAUGUCUACACACACGGGAAAUUAUAGGCAUAGUUGUGAUGUAUGUGGUAAAGGGUUUGUGCACAGAUCGCAUUUGAAUGACCAUAAAUACAGUCAUACCGGAGAGCAACCUUACAAAUGCACUGUGUGUGGAAAGAUUUUUUCGACUAACACUGCUCUAAGUUUACAUUUUUCCUCACACACGGGUAAUUAUAAGUACGAGUGUGAUGUUUGUGGCAAAGGAUUCAUGAUACAAUCCCGUUUGAAAUACCACAAAAACAAGCAUACGGGAGAGCGACCUUACAAAUGCACGGUAUGUGGAAAAUGUUUUGCUUCUAACCAUCGCCUGAUUUCACACGAAUCCACACACACGGGUGAGUAUAAGCAUACGUGUAACGUGUGCGGCAGAGGAUUCGUGGACAGUUCACGCUUGAUAGACCACAAAUAUAGCCAUACGGAAGAGCGGCCAUAUCAAUGCACUAUAUGCGAAAAAGGUUUUGUGACUAGAAAUAACCUGAACCAACAUUUAUCAGUUCACUCAGGUAGUCGAUAUAAAUGUGAAGUGUGUGGCAAAGAAUACUCCAGAAAAAAAAAUUUGAAACUGCACCAACGCAUCCAUACAUCUGAUCAGUCGAUUGAGUCGAAUACAAAGAACGAAUCCACACAAUUAGAUAACAAUGACAAAAUCAAUGAACAAAUAAACACUAAUAGUAACAGCGUCGAAUUCGAUUUACAAUCAAACCCUCAUGAGAAGGUAUCCAACCAGCUACAGGAUGUCAUGUCAGAGGAUUUAUGCUAAGAUCACGAUUGAAAAAUCCCAAAUUAAAAUUGCACAAACGCAUUCAUUCAUCUGAUCAGUCGAUUGAUCCGUUACAAAUCAAACCAGCAGAUCACGAUAGCGUGAAUAUAAUUGUAUCUUAUUAAAAUUAUCUUGCAGAUAGAGCAUUCCAGGUUUCUCUGAAUAAUGCACUUUCAGGAAGAUUUACUAUUCCUGCUGGUGUACCCCAGGGAAGUAUCCUAGGUCCCAUUCUAUACAACAUUUCUACAUCAGACAUCCCACCUCUUCCGGGUGGUGGUGUUCUGUCACAAUUUGCUGAUGAUACUGCCAUUCUUUACAAAGGUCGUUUCAUUAAUGCUCUGAAGAAUAAACUACAGACAGGUCUGGACGCUCUAACUGAAUAUUUUACAAGCUGGAAAAUUGUGAUCAAUGCAGCAAAAACUCAAGUCAUCUUGUUUCCACAUUCAAGAUCUCCAAAACUUGUUCCAUCAGACGAAUGCCGAAUACGAUUCGGUGAUGUGGUCAUUUAAUGGUCCGACGAAGUUAUCUAUCUAGGACUCACCUUUGACAGACAUCUGAUAUUCAGGUCACAUGUUGACAAAAUCGUUCAAAAAUGCAGCAUACUCAUUAGGUCGCUGUAUCCGCUGAUUUGUAGAGCAUCUAAACUGUGCCUGAAGAAUCAGAUGGCUGUCUAUAAAAAAAUCAUCUACCCCGCAAUUGAAUACGCAGUCCCUGUUUGGCGGGGCUGUGCACGAACACACAAACUUAGGCUUCAGCGCAUUCAAAAUAAGAUCUCAAAGAUGAUUCUAAAUCUACCCCCUUGGACAAGGACUAGUGAAGUACAUGAGAUGGCCUCCCUGGAUAUACUAGAACAAAAAUUCGAACAAUACUGCACGAAAUUUGAAGAGAGGUGCUCAAUCUCUGAAAUACAAAUAAUUCAAAAUUUGUACGUAUUAGGUUAGGGAUAGUUAUAAGUAGGUAGAUAUUUUAUUAAUAAUUAAAAUAAAAGGUGAUUUUUUUGAGGUUAGGAUUUUCAUGCAUUAGUAUUUGCUCAGAUUUUUUGAGGUUAUGAUUUUCAUGCAUUAUUAUUUGCUCAGUAUGCUCUGACAUUUCAUCAUGAAUAGACUUACUAACGAGCAACGCUUGCAAAUCAGUGAAUGGGCCCUAGAAAAGUUGGCAGAAAAUCCGCUUUUUUAUCGACAAAUUUUGUUCAGCGAUGAGGCUCAUUUCUGGUUGAAUGGCUACGUAAAUAAGCAAAAUUGCCGCAUUUGGAGUGAAGAGCAACCAGAAGCCGUUCAAGAACUGCCCAUGCAUCCCGAAAAAUGCACUGUUUGGUGUGGUUUGUACGCUGGUGGAAUCAUUGGACCGUAUUUUUUCAAAGAUGCUGUUGGACGCAACGUUACAGUGAAUGGCGAUCGCUAUCGUUCGAUGCUAACAAACUUUUUGUUGCCAAAAAUGGAAGAACUGAACUUGGUUGACAUGUGGUUUCAACAAGAUGGCGCUACAUGCCACACAGCUCGCGAUUCUAUGGCCAUUUUGAGGGAAAACUUCGGAGAACAAUUCAUCUCAAGAAAUGGACCGGUAAGUUGGCCACCAAGAUCAUGCGAUUUGACGCCUUUAGACUAUUUUUUGUGGGGCUACGUCAAGUCUAAAGUCUACAGAAAUAAGCCAGUAACUAUUUCAGCUUUGGAAGACAACAUUUCCGAAGAAAUUCGGGCUAUUCCGGCCGAAAUGCUCGAAAAAGUUGCCCAAAAUUGGACUUUCCGAAUGGACCACCUAAGACGCAGCCGCGAUCAACAUUUAAAUGAAAUUAUCUUCAAAAAGUAAAUGUCAUGUACCAAUCUAACGUUUAAAAUAAAGAACCGAUGAGAUUUUGCAAAUUUUAUGCGUUUUAUUGUUUAAAAAAGUUCUCAAGCUCUUAAAAAAUCACCCUGUAGUAUAAUUAGUAUGUAAAACAAUAGUAACUAAAACACCUAUUAUCAAUAACGAAUCGUACGAACAACAAAGAUGAAAGGCCAAAGGGUCCAAACACUUGUACUGUAAAAUGUUGAUGUAAUACACAAAAAUAAGAUUAAUAAACAGAUAUUUA